CAGCAUUCUGGGUAUUGUAGUUCCCCCAUCUUUAGCGCUGCGUGGGUAGUGAAGUGCGCGCGCGUCAUCCCGGUCGGUGUACUUCCGCAUCCUGCAGUCGUCACCUGUGCCUGUGGACGAUCCUCCCGCGGUUCUGAUUGGACUCUGAAGGCAGACACCUCUCUGAGGAGAGUAUUCUGGAACGUGGGAAAUGGCCCCAGGGCUCCUGACAACCAGAGACAAGGCAUUAAUGGCUUUUCAUGACGUGGCCGUGGCCUUCAGCCAGACGGAGUGGAAGCUGUUGAGUCCUGCUCAGAGGAUCCUAUACAGGGAAGUGAUGCUGGAGAACUAUAGCCAUCUGGUCUCCCUGGGAAUUGCUUUUCCCAAACCGAAACUCAUCACACAGCUGGAACAAGGAACAGAGCCCUGGAGAGAUGGAUGUCUUCUGGACCUCUGUUCAGCAGAACCCAGGACAGAAUUAGAGGCCGGUCUCUCCUGCCCGAUAUCCUUUGCUAGUCCAGAAGUCCUCAGAGUGUGUGUGCUGAAUGGAUCUCCCUCUCAGACUUUCCCAAGCCCACCAGAAGGAGGCAACUUCCAGUCAGAAGCUCCAGGCUGUUCUAGCAAUGGAGGAGGUGAAGAGAGAGACAACAGUGAUGCUCUGUUGCAGAGGACGAGUCCAACAAGGAUUCUGAAGACGUUCUUUAGCCCAUGUCAAGGUCAGAUGGCAUACUGGGCAGAAGGCGACAGUAAGCAAACAGACCUUGGCCUGGCCCCUGAGGAGGCAGUCCCGGUGUUGAAGGGACCCGAUGAGUCAGCAUCUGGAGCCGUCAUACAAGGAGCGUUUCCACUAGGGCUUAAUGAUGUCACAAACCUGUUCAGCCCUCAGAAGCAUCACGUAUAUCCUGACUGUGGAGGGGGCUUUUGCCAGAGUUCGGACCUCAUGAAGCUCCAGAGAAUGGACGGAGGGGAGAAGCCUUACUCGUGCUCGGAGUGUGGGCACCAGUUUACUCAGAAGGCUUCUCUCACUGUCCAUCAGAGGAAACACUCGGGAGAGAAGCCACACGUGUGUGGGGAGUGUGGGCGAGGCUUCAUGUAUGUAUCGUCCCUCAACAGCCACAAGAAGAUUAUUCACUCUGGAGAGAGACCCCUUGUAUGUCCGGAGUGUGGGCGUGGCUUCCGCCAGAAGAUAGACCUCCUCCUCCACCAGCGGACUCACCUGGAUAAAAAGCCCUUCGUGUGCCCUGAGUGUGGGAGGGGCUUUUGCCGGAAGGCCUCACUACUGCAACACCGGUGGUCACACUCUGGUGACAACCCCUUCAUAUGCUCAGUGUGUGGGCGUGGCUUCAGGCUGCUCUCCAGGCUUCUCACUCAUCAGAUCACCCACUCCGGGGAGAAACCACACGUUUGCCCCGAUUGCGGGCAACGCUUUGGCCAAAAGGGUACGCUCAUGAGACAUCAGAAGACACACACAGGGGAGAAGCCUUACGUGUGUCGCCAGUGUGGCUGGAGUUUCACCCAGAAGGUCAACCUCAUUAGGCACCAGAGGAUUCAUACAGAGGUAAAACCUUUCCUGUGCCCCGAGUGUGGACGAGCCUUUGAGUUUAAGUCGCUCCUCACCAGACACCGGAAGACACACACCGGGGAGAAGCCCUAUGUGUGCCCCCAGUGCGGUAGGGGGUUUAGCCAGAAGUUCAACCUCAUUGGGCAUCAGAGGAUUCAUGCAGGGGAGUUACCUUUUCUGUGUCCUGAGUGUGGGCGUGCAUUUGUAAAGAAGGCCACGCUCAUCCGACACCAGAGGACCCACGCAGGGUGGGAGAAGCCUUACCAGUGCCCCGAGUGUGGACGAACCUUUGAGUUUAAAUCGCUCCUCACAAGACACCAGAAGAUACACACAGGGGAGAAGCCUUAUGUGUGUCCUCAGUGUGGUAGGGGGUUUAGCCAGAAGUUCAACCUCAUUGGGCACCAGAAGACGCAUACAGGGGAAAAGCCCUAUGCCUGUCCCCAGUGUGGCCAGCGUUUCAGGCAGAAGUUCAACCUCGUUAGGCACCAGAGGAUUCACACAGGGGAGAAGCCGUUCCUCUGCGCAGAGUGUGGGCGAGCAUUUGGAAAGAAGGUCUCUCUCAUUAGACACCAGAGGACCCACGGAGAGGAGAAACCUUACAAGUGCCCUGAGUGUGGACGAGCCUUUGAGUUUAAGUCUCUCUUCAUCAGACACCAGAAGACACACACGGGGGAGAAGCCCUAUGUAUGCACCGAGUGUGGCAAGGCUUUUAGCCAAAAGUUCAACCUCAUUGGGCACCAGAGGAGCCAUACAGGGGAGAAGCCUUACCUGUGCUCCCAGUGCGGGCGUGCUUUUGGUUUUAAGUCACUUCUCACCAGACACCAGAGGACACACUCCAAGUAGAAGAGGCUUUUUGUAAACAGCUUAUGUGGGUAGGGAGUGGAUGGGAUGCCACACCUCACGUCUGACUAGAGGACUCAGUCCAGUUGGUAGAGAAGCCUUUGGCUUUAACUCUGCCCUCAUCAGACAUCAGCAGACCUACUCUGGCAAGAAGCCCUUAAGUGCAGGGAUCGUGGGCGUGGCUUCAGCUGGACGUUUCACCUCCACAGACUUAGGAAGACCCAAGUGUGGGCCAUCGGCUCCUAGCCUGAGAGGUGUUUGCCUGACCUGUUGUUUCCUUUCCCCAGGAUCAGGGAGCUGGCAGAAAUCACUAGUGAAUGUUCCUGGAAAUAGAGUAGGGGAAAAGUCCUUGCUUGUUCAUGAAAUCAUUGGUUUAUUGUUUAUUAUCUUUGGUUAAUAGUAUGUGUUAGUUUUCUAGGGCUUCCUAACAAAAUACCCCGGACCGUACAGCUUAGGCAAAAGAAAUUUACUCUGCUGUAUAUAUGGAGCCUAGAAGUCCUCUGUCAAACCGGCUCAGGUGUUGCUGUAGCCACACCUCCCCGUAGCGGGUGGAUGGCUUCCUGAUGUGCUGUGCACCUACAGGUCCAUCCCUCCUGUAUAUACUUUCCUGGUGCCUCUCAUCCUGGACCACAUCCAGAUGACCUUGUUUAAUCUUGAGUAAAUGUCCUGCCUCCAAGUCACAUCACACAAGAGGUGAGGCAUCAGUAUUUACACUGUGGGGAUAGGAUUCCAGGCAUCCUCAGACCUCAGAUCCUUAGCUCAUUUCAGUAUCAGCUCUAAACUGAAAAUCUCUAACGCAAAAUCUCUAAAUCAGGCGUGGGUGAGCAUAUCAUCCCAGUUCACAAUCCUGUGAAAUCAAAUAUGGGAUUUGCUUCCUCCAAAAAUCCAGCGACCAGACAGAUACAGGUUGGAUGUUCCUAUUCCCAAAGGGAAACACCAGAAAGGCCCGAGAAGUGAUGGGUCCCAGUGUUGAGCACAAACCUAGCAAGGCAAAUUCUCUGGGACCUUAAGUCUCAAGAACAAUAUUGACCCAAUGUUCUGUCCCCUGGCUCGCAGGGCUGGCAGGCAGUAUCGUUUCCCCAGCCCUGAAUAACAGCUUCAUGCAUUUGACCUCACUCCAGUCCUGAUCUCUCUGGGCCUGGCCAGGGUUUAGAACCACAUUUUCCUUUUCUUUCUCUUUCUCUUUCUCUUUCUCUUCCUCUUCUCUUCUCUUCUCUUCUCUUCUCUUCUCUUCUCUUCUCUUCUCUUCUCUCCUCUCCUCUCCUCUCCUCUCCUCUCCUCUUUUCUUCUCUUUUCCCUUCCCCUCCCUCCCUCCCUUCUUUUUUCCUUUUGGUGUUUUGAGACAGGGACUCUCUGUUAUGUAGCCCUGGCUGUCCAGGAACUCAAUAUGUAGACCAGGCUGGCCUCAAACCCAGAGAUCCACUUGACUGUGUCUGCUGAGUGCUGGGAUUAAAGGGGUGAACAGCACGAAUUGCUCCUCCCUUUCCCUGAGGACGAACAACACAUGGCUCGGAGCUCCACUGAUCUUUUCUGUAGAAUCUCCGAAGUCCCAAAGUCUGUCUUCCUUUUGCCCCAAUCUCUCUCCGUCUCCCAGGGUUGGAAGAGAUGGCUGACGAGCUCUGGUUCACACUGGUGCUGGUUCACACUCAUGCUAGCCUCUGUUGAAAAUGGUUUCCAGCCAUCUCCCAUUUCCUCCAAACACACAACUUUUGUGGUUUGUUUGUUUUACAGUGUGAAUAAGGGGAGAAUUUCCCAAAUUUUUGCUCAUCAAUUUCCUCAGUUUAUCUCUGUCCUCGUGUUUUGCUGGAUACAGUGACGGCACAUAAGGCUACACUCUGAUCACCUAUGUAGGAAUCUCCUCUGAUUUCUACGAUUUAAAAUCCCUCCAUUUGGGGGCAUCAAGACGGCACAGAAGUCCGAGGACCCGAGUUUGGUCCCUGGAAUCCAUGUAGAAGAAGUGACCCAACUCCACAGUAGGUCACUAUCCUGUGACCUCCAACGCGAGCUGUGGCACGUGUACCCUAAGUACACUCCAGACCUGAUCCAUAACGACAAACACUCCAUUCUGUAAAACACUAGAAUUCAAUCCAGCCAGGUUCCUUGUCACUGUAUAGCAAGAAUACUGGAGCUGGUCUUUUCUACUUUGGGGUUUUUCUUUCCUAACCUUUAUCCCCCAGUUUUACCUCCUAUCAUUAGAUAGGAGAGAAAGAAGGAUGGGCUGGUGGGGGGGGAGAGAGAGAGAGAGAGAGAGAGAGAGAGAGAGAGAGAGAGAGAGAGAGAUCUGUCUCUAUAAUUUCUGUUUAAGUACAACUACUGCAACCAAUCCCCCUGGAUGACCACCAACCCCACCUCUCGGGACGCUAGCAUUUAUAUACCUCUGAAGGAUUCCGGGAAUUCCAAACAUGAUGCAACUGUAGAAGCUCUCCAUAGCUGCCAAAGCCAUGCCUCUGCUAGGACAGAAGGCAAAUCAUAGUCAGCUGCUGUGGGAGCCCCAUAUCCCACACCUGGGAUUAAAACGGAGACAUAUUUCUGUGUUUGCUAAAGACACCAAGAGUCCAGAAUUCCCACUACAGGAUACCAGUUUUUAAGCUAGGAGUACCCGAUUACUGCUAGAGAGCUCAUCAGAAUCACGUCACACGUGCACCCUCAAACGGGGUCUAGCCUCUACUUAUCAUACAGCUCCAAGACACUAACACAUUUUGAGGUUAUGAGAAUACGUCACGCUUGGUUCUAAAGUCUGUAUUAGUUAGGGUUACCACAGUACUUUGCUGGUUCCUUCACUUGCCUUUUCCUCUUCUUCCCCACAGUCCCAUACCUUCUGAUCAUUUAUUUUUUCUGAGACAGUGUCUCAUAUAGCACAGGUAGGCCCUCACCUGACCGUGUAGCCAAGACUGGCCUUGAACCUGGCUCUUACCUGUUCUCCCCAAUGCUGGGUUUACAAGUAUGUGUGACCGUGCCCAACCCUUCCAGGCUUUUAAGGACGGUUCAUAUUGGAUCAGGCCCAGACCUUAAAUACUCCUGGACUUCUUUAAAUGUUCUGCAAAGACGGUCAAACCAUCAGAGCUCUAACCUAUGAACUGAGCGCGAAGCAGGACACAGUUCAACACAACAGUAUUCUUGCUACAUCCUCAAAAUCAUGACUAGCCACCCCAGCCACAAGAGGUGUUCUCAACCAUUUUCUUUUCUGCAGCGGUAAGGCAACAGAAACCACUAACUAGUAAAUGCCCUGCUUUUCUGAUGGGGAGGAAGGAAAGUUUCAUUUCUCAUCCACCAUGAGGUCGUCGAUAGAUGCUUUUAUGCAGCGGCACUCUCUAUCUUAACUUUAAAUAAACUGGUUCUCUGCAAAGCUGCACACCCAGGUAUGGACUGCAUCGUGAUCUAUUGUGGAGAAUUCCGGGGGGGGGGUUGAACCUCUUGGGAGUCAGGGAGGAUUUAUGCUGCCCCUUUAUUCUGGAGUCUGCCUCUUUAAAGUGAGUAAUACCGUUUUGAACCUCUCUUGUUCAGAAGGUUCUCCAGUGUCCAUGACUAGAGGGCUACAAGCCACAUACUCAGUCUCCCUAACACACACAGAAGGGCUUUUUGUUGUUUUUGUUUUUCUGUGAGACAGGGAUUCUCUCUGUCCUAGAUCUCACUAGGUACACCAGGCUGUCCUAAACUUGGAGGUCCACCUGCCUCUCCCUCCUGAGUGUUGGGAUUCAAGGCAAGUGCUACCACCACCCUACCUGGCAUUUGUUUUUACCUCGUGUGCACCCCAAAGGCUUAUCUUGUUUACCUGUGUCCUUGUUCCAGUGUCCAGCCCAAGGUGUGUCACCCGCUUCAGUCACAAACUUCUUUUGUCCUCCAGCCAGGAGUUAAGGAUCUGAGGUCACUCAAUUUGACAUCUAGUCCAAGACAAUGCUCUCCUUGUCUAUUUUCUCCAAGGUUUAGAGCCCAAAUGCUCCUAAUCAUGACAAAUACUCUAGGAUUUGCCCUAGCCCGGUCCUUUUGAUGUCCCAUAUUCACCGUAGGAUCAGUCUCCCUAGGACUUGGAACAUUUACUGGCUCAGGAGGUUUCCCCAGAAUGAAACAAAAGGGAUUUCGGUCUAAAGGAGUCAGAGUCUUGGAAAUGGGUGCAAAAUUGGUAAACGGGUAUCACUGGCCCCACCAUGUACCUGGAGAUGUCCAGCCUUGAGUGAUAAUCUGGUCAGCCUGAGCAGGGGUGGCUAGGACACCUGGGGAUGGGGCCACCUUAACAAAUUUACUUCAAAGGCCUUUUACCUCAGCUUCUCAAGCUGCCUCAACUGAAAGUGACAUGUGUGUGGACAUGCAUGUGUGUACAUGUAUGUUCGUGGUGUGGAAGCAUCUCACAUCAAGGGUUUAAAGUUUCACCUGAGAAACGGACACUAGCAUGUCUAUCACUUCAGCCAUUUUGAUCAAAUCCACGUCCCCUCCCCACCCCUCUAGUUCCCCACCUAUCUCGCAAGUUUUCCUUCCCAACUUUUCAUGCUGUCUGUCUCAAAAUUUAACGGCCGCAAUUUUAGUUUUGCUGUGCUAAGACACCACCGUUGACUGGAACUUAUGGAAGAGAGUUUGAGUUGUGGCUCCACAGGGAUUAAGAGUUGAUGGCGCGGUAGAGGCGUGGUAACAAGACAAAGCAUGGUGGUGCUGGGGCAGGAUGCUGAGAGCACCUCCUUUACUACAGGCAUGGAGGAUACAGCACAAUAAAGAGAGGCUCUUUACUCUCAAAGCUCAUCCCCAGCUACAUACUCUUCUAUCAAGGCUGGACCUCCCAAACCUCCCCAAACAGCACUAACAAAUGGGGACCAAGCAUUCAAAUGCCCAAGAUAGUAGAGUGCGCUUCUCAUUCAAAUCAUCACACCCAUUGAAUCCGUUAGUGCUGCCUGCAUGAAUGUCGGACCAUCUACUGGAGCAAGAGUAGGCUCCCAGGACCCACACCCUCUCCCACUAGCCAGCAGUUGACAGUAACUCCUCAGAGGUGGGACUUUCUUUAGCCCUUUCCCCAUGGAUGGUCUUGUGUAAAGUCUCGUGCACUCAGUUCCAUGGCUGUGAGUUCACUGUGUGCGGCUGUAUUGUCAUGUCUGGCAAAUGAUUUGCUCCAGAUGUAUCCUCUCUCUUGACUCUUAUCAUCUCCGCCACCCUCUUUCAUGUGGGUCUCUAUAUUAAUUUCUACCUACUACAAAGACGAUUCUCUGUGAGGGUUGAGAGACGCACUAAUACAUAGUUGUAAUGAUGAGAGAUCAGGGGCUAAAAGUUCAUCGCUGGGUCCAUUUAGCAGCUUAGGAGUAGUGGGUUCUCCCCUGGGGCCAGUGACUUAGCCAAUGACACGUUUUUGACCCAGCUAAUGGUACCGGACACGGGUUCCCAUCUCAUAGAAUGGGCUUUAAGAACACUCAUGCCACACACUCAUAUCUUAUCUGGUCAGUCCGUAUGGCAGCUUGCAGGGUUCACGAAUAGGUAAGGGUGAUUUCUCUCCCCUGAUAGUGUGGGUAGAACUUUCUAGCAUUAUGAAUCCUAUCCAGGAGGGGUGAAACUUCCAUAUCUGUACCAGUUUAAUUUCUCCGUUCUGUGACACAGGUAGCUGGGGUCAGCAAUGGGGUCCUACUACCAAGUUCUGAAUAGCCAAGAACAAAGAAAAUAACCGUUAUCUUUUUGAUGGGGUGGUGUCUAUGCUACCUCACUGAGCAACAACUCCCGGUAACCCAUGUCCGCAUGUCCGGCACUGAAGUGUUUAAUAGCCAACGAUGUAUCUUAGGAAGCUUCUAAAGUGGCAAGUUCCCAUAUGGCACUUGUAAAAGUCUUCAGUAUUAAUUAUCCUUCAUCACACUGCUGUACACUCCUGUUUUUUUAAGAUAUCUCGCUCUCGCUCUCGCUCUCUCUCCCCGUCUGUGUGUGUGUGUGUGUGUGUGUGUGUGUUGUGUGUAUAUAUGGAGGCCCGAAGCGAGCGUUGGAGCCCCCAAAGUGGAGGUAUAAACAGUUGUGAACUGCCUAGAGUGAGCACUGAGAACUUGGAGUCUUCUGGAAGAGCAGUACAUGCUCUUAAACUGCCCCGGGCUGUACCGUAAAUACAAAUCUUUUUGUUUGUUUGUUUGUUUGUUUGUUUUUUGUUUUUUGUCCACUCACUGAAAAUGGAGAUAUUAAAAACAGAAAAAACAAAA